UCCGUACACAUACUUGAUGUUGUCAGUGCAGUUGCUUCACUUUGCUCUUUCACUACUAUCCCAUUAACUCUGACACUGAAGGCCCAGCCCGAUUUGACUCCUCUGUUGACUGAACCCUCCGUGAAGAUCACAGCAUCUCCAUGUUCGCUAUUCUCUUCUGUCAGGUUUCAAUUUCAGCGUUUGUAGCUCCAAGUGGCCAGUUGCGACCUUCUCUACCCUAUGUUGCCUUCACUGUUGUGUACUAUCCGAGCGCAUCUUUGACCCCCACCCAAUCCCUGCCUCUCCUGAUGUCUUGCAUCUGACAGCACUCGUUGAUGGUGUUCGUGGCUUGAGUCAUCCAUUCUGUGCCCCUCUUUAGCCUUGACGUCAUUUGCCGUCCCACUUUCUUAUGUAGAGGGUUCGUCUCGUCUGCGCUGACUCGUAGAAAGGCUUGGGCUUGUGCCAGUUUGUGCCUCUCGUCUGCACUCCAACCUCAUGUAAAAGUAAACUUAACCUCCCUCCAUUUGGGAACUUCUUUGACCUAGAAUGCCCUUCAGGGGUCACCGCUUAUAGUGGGACCAGAUCUGCUCACAACGAUGUCAUACGCAAAAUAUGGUUUUAACUUGUUUUAAGAAAAGGGGAUCGAAAACUAUAUACUUUUACCAAUCUUAUGCAGUCUUCAGGGUGAGAUGUCCACUCAGCAAUGCCCUCUUGAGAGACAUGAUACAAGACCACAAGCUAUCUUACAUGUUUGUAUACAGUCGACAUUGUUUAAGACGGCCACCCAUUAUCGGGGAGAGAAAGCGGUUAUCUUAGAGAGGUGAACACAGUGUCAUUAUAAUGUUAAAAAUGCGCAAGUUGGGAACGGGGAUGUAGCCGUUUUUACAGGAGGUUCGACUGUACUCUAUGAUUUCCAUACAUCAAUGUGGCGCAGGUGGUUCUAAAUUUGGCUUGUGGCUCGCACUUGGAAUGCAGAGUCCAAAUUGUCCAGUCUUUAGUCGAUUUUAGCGUUUGUUAUAAAAUCACACUGAAGUACAUGUGCAACAACGAUAGUUUGGCACCGGUAAAGAAGACAGACAGGAAAAAGAAAUGUAGAAAAGCAAUCUUUUACACCCAUGGCAACUUCCAUCCAUUCACAUCAUGUCCUUACAGAUCAGCGUCUUGGGUGUAAUGGUCCGGCUUUUCGGCAUUACUGGCAUGAGGCGUAUGCUUUAAGUUCGGGGGGACAGUUUAAAAAAAAAAAGUCAGUAUCUCGUCUGUCUGCUGAGAUGAUGUGUCAAAUUCAGCCCUCGUUAGCCUGAAAAGGCAGGGUCGAAGCAGGUUGGCUCACAUUUCUGAUCUAAAAUUGCAUCAAUUGGGACGUACUGGGUAAUACUAUCUUACAAUUUAAAAAAAACGAACAAACGUAUUUAUAGGACCAUACUAUUAUACAUCGGAGCCUUUUGUCGGAUGGGGGUGGGGGGCUAGGCCUUCCACUUUUGAAACGACUAGUUAUGUAUCUACUACUACCACCACCACCACUACUACUACUGCUGCUGCUGCUGCUGCUUCUGCUGCUGCUGCUGCUGCUGUUACCACUACCACUAUACUACCGCAAAUCCCUGCUCAACAGCAAACUCUAUAGGCGCCUUACAAUCUAUAUUGUUACUCCAGCAGCCGUAAAAGCAUUCUGAAACAAUCUUAAUUUCCUUGGAAGCAUACAGUGCAAGCUGUCAUUUUAUAGGCACUAAACCACCAACAUACUGUAAAGCGUUAUUCUUUAGAAAAAAAAAACAACUUCAACCCUUAUGAAGGCAAAGGGUUAAAAACAUUCACAGAAUUCGGCGCGAAAGAAAUUCAGGUACUUCUUAAUGUAGUUUUGCGGGUUAGGUUGAUGCUGAAAAGUAUUCGUUACCGAUCGUUUUGCAACGCAGUAAUGCUAUUCUUCAAAUCCUGAUAAAUAAGUGGCUUUUACAAGGAACUUAGCCGUGUUCUUACAUUUUUUUUUCUUCCCCGGAACUGGAGGUGGUAAAUGUGAUUUUAAGGGCUCAUCAAAAGUGUCCAUCACGGCAUGGAGUAUAACGAGUUCCAGGUGGCGGGCUUCCAACUGGCUCACCUACUGUUGGCCUUUGUCCUGUCAGCAAGCUUUGUGUUUCUGCUCUACUGGCUCUGGACCUGGCCUUGUGGGGAAUCCAGCCAAGGGGCGACAGCGACAAGAUGUGAUACCGUGUUACCCAGACAGACAGUUAAGCCCCUUUACGCACUAGAGCUAGAGCCAGGCAUUGUUGUGCUACAGAGCGAGGACGGGUCGUUCUUUAGGAUUCUCCGCGAGUACGAGUCAGCUGACAAGCGAGGCCAUGGCAUGGCGGCCCAUGAACUUCCGCCUGGAGGAGCAGGGGCGAAUGGUCAGAGUGGUCACUACUACCUGCCCUCCUACACUAAAGCCCACUUCCAAACCCAGCCCACAGCUCCACUGCUCAACGUCUCUGAAGGCAGCUCUGACCCUUUCGGUGACGGAGCCCCGUGGGCCCCAAUACAGACUCUGGGCCCAAAUUAGCAUUAACAGUUUCGGGGUAUUUUUUUUUAGGUGUUUGGUGUUGCAUAACGGUUAUACAUGUCGUCACGAUUAACAUUCUUAUGUCAUUCAUGUUUCCGCCUUUUUUUGUAGUGUGGUUCAAAUUAGUAAUUCCUAUCUUUUUGUUGCGUGCUGUUAAAAUCUUAAGGGCCACUUGUGCACCGGGCUAAAAUAGAAAGUUCUAUUUUUUAAUGAUAUAUUUCUCAAACCUCAAAACAAAUUGUUUUUACUUUUUACUUAUACUGUUGCCUUGUGACUUAUCCUUUCACCCUUUGACUGGACAAGCUCUUAUGAAGUAGAAACAAAUGUUAUACAGUGCAUUCUAAUGCGAAGUGGAACUUUCGUUGUUUAAUCUAUGCCAUAUUUUUGUACAAACACAAAUGUCAGAAAUGUUCCAGUACUUUCCCGCUUGGGUUGAUAAUAGCCAUGACCUAUUUGCCUAUAUGGAACAAACCUGUGGAAUAGUCACUCGGCGGUAACCGGGAAUGCAGAAGUACCAAAGUAAUCAAACCCUAUAGAACCCCUUGGGCUAUCAAUCUUAUUGGUUAGACCGAGUUGAGAAAUGUGUAAUUCAAAACACACUUGAAAAAGAAUACACCAAUGUGGGCAAUCAAAUAGAUAUAUAGAAAAUCAAUUUUAUUGAUUCUUGCUGGAAAAGUUUGGUUACAACGGCGAGUACAAUGCGCACAUAACAAUAUACUAGUUCAAAACUUACAGCUACAUAACACAAUAUACUAUAAUGUCAUAUGAAGACAAUCUAACAAACGUAGCACCGUCAGUAGUAGUGCCUGUAUAAGAGGUAGGCUUUUCUCCAAGGACACACCCCAAUGACUAUCACCCUAAACUCUGUGCUACCAACACUGAUGUUAUUUAUGAGCAUUAACAUUUUUUGUAGUUAACCCCCCCCCCCGUCCCCCCGAGUAACACUACUGGUGUAGUGUCUUCCUGUGGUUAUACAGGUGGUCAACAUAAUCUAAUUAUUUUCGGAGAAGAUUUCCGAACAAGACAAGUUAUUUUUGCCUCUACGCACGUUCAGCAGUCCCACAUUUUGUCCUCGUGAAGACACGAAUUUUAUAACCCCUAUGGAGAACUCACAGACUGGAAUAAAGAGAGAGGACGCAAUAUUGAA